AUGUCUUCCUCCUUCGAGGACCUGCUGGAGCGGGCGGGUUCCUGCGGCCGGUUCCAGAGGCGGGUUUCGGUCCUGCUCUGCCUGCUGUCUCUGUCCUUCGCCGGGGUCUACGUGGGCGCCGUGUUCCAGGCCUUCACGCCGGAGCACCGCUGCCGGGACCCGGCGGCGGCGGAGCGGGCGGAGCGCUGCGGCUGGAGCCCGGCGGAGAGCCGCCGCCUCACGCCGCCCGCCGCCAACGGAACCGGAGAACCGAGGAGCGGCUGCCUGCGCUACGACCGGGACUGGAACCAGGUGGACUGUCGAGACCUGGAGCCGGAACCCAGUGGAACCCCCAUCACCGCCUGCCAGGGGGGUUGGGAGUACGACUACCAGGGCAGGACGUCCGUCGUCACAGAGUUCCACCUGGUCUGCGGAGACGCCUGGCUGGUGGACUGGUUCCAGUCCACUUUAAACAUUGGAUUCUUGAUCAGCAGCUUUGUGUUCGGAUACAUUGCAGACAGGUUCGGCCGGAAGAUCUGCAUCCUGGUGGCCAAUGCGGGGACCGUGGCGUCGUCCCUGGCGCUGGCGGCGGUGUCCAGCUACCCCCCCAUCCUGCUGCUCAGGACCCUGCUGGGCUUCAGCGCCAAAGGAAGCUGGAUGACCGGAUACGUGAUGAUCACAGAGAUGGUGGGCGUGUCUCACCGCCGCGCCGCUGGAAUGGUGUACCAGCUGUUCUUCAGCCUGGGCCUGCUGGUCCUGUCCCUGCUGGCCUUCCUGAUCCCGGACUGGCGCUGGCUCCACGCCGUCUCGUCGGCGCCCUACGCCUUCUUCCUGCUGUACUACUGGUUGACCCCCGAGUCUCCGAGGUGGCUCCUCUCUCAGAACAAGAUGGCCGAAGCUGUGACGCUCAUCCACGCCGUGGCCAAGGAGAACAAGAGGAAGCUGGGGAACACGUUCCAGAUUCAGCAUGACGACGAGGCGGAGUCCUCCUCUGGUUCUCUGCUGGACCUGAUCAGAACCCAAAACAUGAGGAGGAACACGCUCAUCCUCAUGUAUAACUGGUUCACCAGCUCCGUGGUCUACCAGGGACUCGUCAUGAGAGUCGGCAUCACCCAGGGGAACGUCUACCUCGACUUCUUCAUCUCUGGCCUGGUGGAGUUCCCGGCCGCCUUCCUCAUCCUCCUCACCAUUGACCGGAUUGGACGCCGUCUCCCGUUUGCUGCCGCCAACAUGGUUGCCGGAGUGUCCUGCUUGAUCACCGCCUUCAUCCCCGACGGUAUGUUCUGGUUGAAGAUGGUGGUCUCCUGCGUCGGCCGGCUGGGGAUCACCAUGGCCUUCGAGAUGGUCAUGUUCGUCAACACGGAGCUCUACCCCACCUUCGUCAGGACCCUGGGCGUGUCGGUCUGUUCCACCAUGAGCGACGUCGGGGGAAUCGCGGCGCCCUUCCUGCUCUACCGGCUGGCCUCCGUCUGGCUGGAGCUGCCGCUCCUCGUCUUCGGCGUGGUGGCGCUGCUCGCCGGAGCUUUGGUUCUCCUCCUGCCUGAGACUAAAGGACUCCCUCUGCCCGAAACCAUCGACGACAUCGAGUUCCCUGACCGGAGACGGCUGGACCACCCGGAAGACCAGGGGACCAGAGACCAGGUUACCAGAGACCUGGAGGACCAGGGGACCAGAGACUCAGAGACAGCAGCUUGA